GUGGCACUGGGAUGUCCGGGUCUCAACAAUAUCGGCCCAGAGCUUCAGGUUGCGCAGAGCUGUCGCCUCGGCAACUGGCGCUGCGUAAGGGCAAGACAGGGCGGGGCGCAAGGGCCCCGUCCUCGCCGGCUGGAGUCCACGCGGGGACCUGCUCUAUGCCAGGCUAGGGAGGGCCGCGCGCGCUGGGGGCGCGGGGCGGGGUCGGGACGCCCCAGCGGCGGAGGGCGGAGCGCGCAGAGGCUUCGGGGCCAGCGGCGCGCAGUACCGGCAGGUGGCGGGGUCCCAGCUCGCCAUGUCUGCGGGCUGAGGAGCGCCACACUUCGGGCCGCCACAAGGCCACACUUGGGGGCUGCCGCGCGUGGGGGCCCCGGCCCCGGCAGCCGACCAUGGUGCUGCCGCCUCCGGACCGGCGCCAUGUGUGCCUGACCACGCUGGUGAUUGUAGGUAGCAUGGCCGUGAUGGACGCUUACCUGGUGGAGCAGAACCAGGGCCCGCGCAAGGUCGGCGUGUGCAUCAUCGUGCUGGUGGGCGACGUGUGCUUCCUUUUGGUGCUACGCUAUGUGGCCGUGUGGGUGGGUGCCGAGGUGCGCACCGCAAAGCGCGGCUACGCCAUGAUCCUCUGGUUUCUCUAUGUCUUCGUGCUGGAGAUCAAGCUCUACUUCAUCUUCCAGAACUACAAGGCAGCGCGGCGCGGUGCGGGCGACCCGCUGGCACGCAAGGCGCUCACUCUGCUGCUCUCCGUGUGCGUGCCCGGCCUCUUCUUGCUGCUGGUGGCGCUCGACCGCAUGGAGUACGUGCGCACCUUCCGCAAGCGCGAGGAUCUGCGCGGGCGCCUCUUUUGGGUGGCGCUGGACCUGCUGGACCUGCUGGACAUGCAGGCCACACUGUGGGAGCCGCCACGCACCGGGCUGCCGCUGUGGGCCGAGGGCCUCACCUUCUUCUACUGUUACAUGCUGCUGCUCGUACUGCCAUGCGUGGCGCUCAGCGAGGUCAGCAUGCAGGGCGAGCACAUCGCUCCUCAGAAGAUGAUGCUCUACCCGGUGCUGAGUCUUGCUACAGUCAACGUGGUGGCAGUGCUGGCUCGCGCUGCCAACAUGGCUCUGUUCCGUGACAGCCGUGUCUCAGCCAUCUUCGUGGGGAAGAACGUGGUGGCGCUGGCCACCAAGGCCUGCACCUUCCUAGAGUACCGACGCCAGGUGCGCGACUUCCCACCGCCUGCACUUGCGCUGGAGCUGCAGCCACCGUCUGCACAGCGCCACUCGCAGCCGCCCACCCUGCACGGCGCAGCCGGGCGCCCCCGUGGGCCCUCACCCACGCGCGAUGCGCUGGAUACGUGACCGGUGUGUGCCUGGAUGAGAUGUGACAGGACGGAGUAGGAGCCGCUGCCGCUUCUUCAUCUCAGGAAUCCCUCAGCCGUGGACUCUCGGCUGCCCCACAUGGAGUGGAGUGCAGUGGAGCACCGGGGAAGGAAGGGUGUUGUAGGCUCUGGCCCCUGCGUAUGCCUGGGCGCAGAGAUGGGGCCAGGCCUCUGUCAUUUUAAAGACUCAUGUUUACAGUUUCGUA